AUGGAGGAGCCGUUCCGUCCGCCUCCUCCUCCACCUCCUCCUCUCCUCCUCCCGCGCAGCCCCCUUCAGCCGCCGCUGCCGGGGGAGGCUGAAGAGGAGGGAGCGGCGGCGGCGGCGGCCAGCCCCGCUUGGGGGAAGGCGGAAGCCGCGGCCUCGGGCGACAGCGCCGGCGGGGGGGCCGGCCUCUGGACGGCUGUCUUCGAGUACGAGGCGUGCGGCGAGGACGAGCUGAGCCUGCGUCCCGGCGACGUGGUGCAGGUGCUCUCCAGGGACUCGCAGGUAUCCGGGGACGAAGGCUGGUGGACGGGCCAGAUCGACCAGCGCGUCGGCAUCUUCCCCAGCAACUACGUGACCAGCAGCCGGGGCAGCAGCAGCGGACGCCGCCUCCGCCUCCAGGAAGGGAGGAGGUCGGAUCUUCAGGCUGCCAGUCCGGCCAUCCAGUUGCUGGAGAUUGACUUCUCAGAGCUUAUUCUGGAGGAAAUUAUUGGCAUAGGAGGUUUUGGGAAAGUGUACCGUGCAGUUUGGUUUGGAGAGGAAGUUGCUGUCAAGGCAGCUCGCUAUGAUCCCGAUGAAGACAUCAGUGAAGCCAUUGAGAAUGUCCAUCAAGAAGCCAAGCUCUUUGCUAUGCUAAAACAUUCCAACAUAAUUGCCCUUAAAGGUGUAUGUCUAAAGGAACCGAACCUUUGCCUGAUUAUGGAGUUUGCUCGUGGAGGCUCAUUAAAUAGAGUGCUGUCUGGUAAAAGGAUUCCACCAGACAUUCUGGUUAACUGGGCUGUCCAGCUUGCUGAAGGAAUGAACUAUCUGCAUGAGGAAGCAAUUGUUCCUAUUAUCCACCGGGAUCUGAAGUCCAGCAAUAUAUUGAUCCUUGAAAAAGUGGAAAAUGGAGACCUCAGCAACAAAAAUUUAAAGAUCACUGACUUUGGCUUGGCCAGAGAAUGGCAUAAGACUACUAAAAUGAGUGCAGCAGGAACAUAUGCUUGGAUGGCUCCUGAAGUUAUCCGUUCCUCUAUGUUCUCUAAAGGCAGUGAUGUGUGGAGUUAUGGGGUAUUGCUUUGGGAAUUAUUAACUGGGGAAGUACCAUUUCGAGGAAUUGAUGGCCUAGCGGUAGCAUACGGUGUUGCUAUGAAUAAACUUUCGCUUCCUAUUCCUUCAACGUGCCCAGAACCUUUUGCCAGACUAAUGGAAGAUUGUUGGAAUACUGAUCCUCAUUCAAGACCACCCUUUGCAAAUAUUUUGAAUAAACUAACUAAUAUAGAAGAAUCUGGUUUUUUUGAAAUGCCAAAAGAAUCGUUUCAUUCCCUGCAAGAAGAUUGGAAAAUUGAAAUCCAGGAAAUGUUUGACCAACUCAGAGCCAAGGAAAAGGAGUUGCGGACGUGGGAAGAAGAGUUAAAACAAGCAGCAGUUCAACAGAAAAACUAUGAAGAACUACUACGGCAACGCGAGCAGGAGUUGGCAGAGCGAGAAAUUGGUAUUUUAGAAAGAGAACUCAAUAUCAUCAUCCACCAACUGUGCCAGGAAAAGCCCCGUGUGAGAAAACGCAUGGGCAAAUUCAGGAAAAAUCGGCUCAAGUUAAAAGAUGGCAAUCACAUCAGUCUUCCCUCUGAUUUCCAGCACAAAUUCACUGUGCAGGCAUCUCCAACCAUGGAUAAAAGAAAAAAUUUGAUCAACAUCUGUGCCAGUCCUCCUGCCAGCCCUACUAUCAUUCCUCGGCUCAGGGCCAUCCAGUUAACCCCUGGGGAAAGCAGCAAAACUUGGACACGCAGCUCUGUGUUCCAGAAAGAUGAGGAAGGAGAAGAAGAAAAAAGAGGCCAGAAGAAAAAGGGCCGGACAUGGGGACCAGGUACUCUUUGCAGUAAAGAGCUAACAUCAAGUGAGGAUGGCCUAAAGUCCCUGACAGAUGGCGCUAGACAGUGGUCAUCUAGUGCUCCAAACCUUGGAAAAUUCCAGCGAACAAUAGUCCCUUUUCCUGGGUUUGCAAGCCUGAUAGAAAUGGACAACGAAGACAACGAUUCUUUGAACGAUACAGAGAGCAAGAUGCUGCAAGCCCCUGGAUUUAACCAAUCAUACCUCUGCAUCCCAUUUCAUAAGAAUGAUGACUGGGAUACCCACUCGAGCGAUCCUAAUGAAGAGACUACUCCGGUGAAUUCUUGCACAAGCACUCCUCAGCUCACUCCCACCAACAGCCUCAAACGUGGGGGCUCUCAGUAUAAACAAUGUCAGUUGGCCUUUCUAGGGUGUGGGGCUGUGUUGGCUGCUGCUGGCCUGGGUUUUGAUCUUUUGGAGGCUGGCAAGUGCCAGCUGCUAACCCAGGAAGAUCAGGACGUGUCCAAGGAAGAGAAGAAGAAACGGGAAAGUAUCUUUCAACGGGCUGUUCUAUCUCGAAGGAGUACAAGCCCACCUUCAAGGAAGAUCUUCAAGAAAGAAGAACCCACCUUCUUGUUAAACGAACCAUCCAGUUCUCUGACUCUGCUCUCUUUGUCUUCAAUUUCUGAAUGUAACUCUACCCGUUCUUUGCUUCAUUCAGACAGUGAUGAAAUUGUGGUAUACGAGAUGCCUGUUAGCCCUGUGACAGUGAAGGCUCCCUUGCCAGUAGUUAGUAACCCACUGGUUAAUAUCCGAGUUGAGAGAUUCAAACGGAAUCCCAAUCAGUCUUUGACACCUACACAUGUGACUCUUUCUUCUGAAGCUCAGCAACAGAGGCAUAGGCGCACUCCCUCAGAUGGCGCCAUAAAACUGGCCGAUCUCGUUCCUAAUGGAGAUUCUUCCAGUAAUUGUCCACCGGGAAUUCUGGGAACAGGUAUAAUAAAAACUCCCAGUCCAAGUCAGGGUCCAAAUGAAGUCCCUCGUCUGCCAGAUCCCAACCUCAUCUUCCCUCCAACCCCCAGGCGUUAUAUCGCUCAACAGGAAUCCAUGUUGGAGAGACCCAAGACCUUGGAAUUCCUACCUAGGCCACGCCCUUCAGCUAACAGGCAGCGAGUUGAUCCCUGGUGGUUGGUAUCCCCAAGUAAGGCUAGGGGUGAAUCCUCUGCUAAUAGCUCCAGUACUGAAACUCCCAGUAACCUGGAUUCCUGCUUUGCCAGCAGUAGCAGCACAGUCGAAGAGCAGUCCACGCUGCUUUCUUUUCGUGUCAGGCUGCCUGAAGAGGAACGGACAUUGCUGGACAUGGAUGUUGAAGGUCAGAAUCAGGACAGCACAGUGCCACUAUGCAGAGCAGAACUCAGAACACAUAAAUCUACAGCAUAUGAACUCAAGCAAGAAUUUUGGUCCUAGCAUGAAACCCACAAGGGGCUGGUAAGCUCCUUUUUGCUUCAGUUCUA